AUGUCAUUCGAAACCAAGAUUCUGGCAUCAAAACGCCUGCCGCAAUCCAUUAAAUUUCCCUUUACGGCAUACUCGCACAAACACGACCUUCUGGCAGUUGUUGUGGCGCCAUCCUCCUCCACUGCCACCAGUACAAAUUUCGAGGUUCAAGUCUUCCGCAUCAUAUCCGGCCAAGUGGCGUUCGUUGUCAAACGGUCUGAUCUACAAGCAACUCAAGCUGGAGUUCCGAUAGAAGUUUCAGCUCUCGCUUGGAGACCCGAUGGCACGAGUCUAGGCGUAGGGUGGAGUGAUGGCAGGUAUGGAAUCUAUGAUGGAGCAUCUGGAAGGCAAUUGAGUCUUGUCGAACUACCGGUAGAGGGAUUGAAAGAAGAGUUUUCGCUGGAUUUGAGUUUACCGGUGAGAGAUAUGGCGAGGGAGGAGGAACUGGGGAGCAGGAGGAGUCAUAUCAGCGUCCUGGGGUUUAUGGAGCACAAGAUACCUGUGAAAGGGAGAAGGAAUGGUAAUUCAAUCGGAGGUGUGCUGACGACUGAUGAUUGGUAUGAUGACAUCCCUGGGUCUGAUGACGGAGUUGAGAAUUCGAAAACCAGCGGCAAUGAGGAUUUCGGAGAUCUACCUCGAGCGAUUUCAGGCCUGGAUGUUACGACGGUGCUGCCUAGGCUGAGCGCCAUACCCUCGCAUGGCUUGGUACAACCUAGAUCUGGAGCUGGCGCUAGCAAGUUCGGAACCCAGGUUGCGACAGAUACCCAAUUCGACUCCCAAUCGAAGUCAGGCUCUGACAAGGUGCAAGCACUGCUAGCAUGUCCGAAGAAUGGCAAUGUGCAAGUUCUCUUGGAUGAUACAGUGAAGAUCGGCUCGGUUGAAACCACGCACAGGCCAGUUGCACACGCAGCACACCCAUGUGUUUCGACGCAUGCUGUGUUGUGCGAUGGCGGAAGCCAAGAUGAUCGCAUGCGAGUAAUUCAUGUUGACCUGCCCUUGACAACACUCAAUGGACCACUACUGCAGGUAAUUGCUGCCAACACGAAGCGUAUACAGACAUUACUCGACUAUAUUGUGCAAACAGCUCGCUGCAUGCAAUGGGACUACACGUCCAACAUUGCGCUACCUAGGCGCUUUGUCAAUCUGCUUGACGAAGAUUUGAAGAACAACCAUCCCCGAGAUGGUGGUGCAGCGUUAAACCUCUACCAUUUGGCAAUGACUGGCUCCUUUCAUCCUCAAGUGCUAGAAUGGAUCGUGGACAUGAUCACCGAGACCAACUGGAAGAGAUGGGAGACCAAUAUGACCAGUCUGUAUACGAACAUUCAGAAUCAUCUGUUCGUGAACUUGCUGCCGGCGCUGGACCGCUUGAGCAUUGCACUAGUCGCCCUCCGUGGUCAAGCAAAGUAUCACGAAGAUUCCAGCAGCUUCGAGUGCUCGCCGAAGUACUUCGACGUACUGCUGGAGAAUAUCGAUAGUAUACGACUGGUAGCACAUAAGAUGUUGCUCGUCAUACAAAGCGAGCUCCGAGAAUGUCAGGCUUUUCUUAGAUGGCUUAAGAUGCAAUUUGAUAUUGCAACAGCAGAGCCCUUCUCGUCGAACGCAAUCGAAAUUGAGGAAAGAGAGGUACCGAAUAUUGAUUAUCCUCUUGUGCUCGCCUACAUCAAGCAUCAUUUGCUAGACUCCAAGCUUGCAAUACACAUGGAGGACAGGCCGGGUUUCCAGCCGGGCGCAACCUGCAACAAGCAGGAAUUUGAGACAGCCUCUCACAUUCAUGACAUGACUUAUGCACGUACAAGGGAAGCUCUCGAACAGCUUGACAACAUGCACGCUGGUCAGCCGUUGAGAAUCAAGGACGUUGCUGAUCCAGGGUCACUCGUCAACAUCUCGGCGCUAGUGAGUGGUCUCGUUGGCCGCGCACGAGAUACAGUCAAGCACAUCACCGACUGGCAGAACAGGAUGGUGUUUCCACCCAUAGAUCCACCAUCCGUGAAGCUGGAGGACUGGGAUGCUCAGUCGAAAAUUCUCGAGAUGUCCAUGGGGUUCGUCAGCGAGGAUGAAUACUUUACCAGCAUCGUCCGUUCGAACCCAGAAACGAGUAAUGAGCUUGUCCUCGUGCAGGUAAGAUCGUCGCUAGAGGGACCACAGGAUGUGUACCGCCACAGCGACAGCUCAAACACCGCCCCAUCUAGACGUCGUCGACAAUGGGCCCAACAGAACCAGAAAAUUUCCGUCAGCCUAGACUCUUGCGGGCAAGCAGGGAAUGGUGAGAUAAUUGAUGCCAAAUUCGUCCCCGGUAGCCAUUCAACACUCCUGAUACUGUUCCGACCCCAAGGGGAUCUCAGUGUGUUGCUUGUGAAAUGGAACAUAGACUCGUCAAUGUCUGGGAUCUUGCAUCGUUUCUUGCCGGAGGACACCUUCGACCCAGAAAAGCUAUUGGUGGGGGGAAGACGAGGGAAACUUGUGUGCGUCGUUUUUGGCAGCAGAGGACGAGAGUGGAGAGUACUAGAUCUUGAUGGCGCAGUGCAGUAUAUCGAGCCUGACGGUGAACAAGAUACGAUGAUGGUGAUGCAGUGA